AUGCACGCGACUCCUACUACGGUCCCAGUCAUGAUCAAAGAAGGGUCACUGUUUAAAAAGGGGGCAGGGGGUGGCCUCCUCCAUCGAAGCAACUGGAAACGCCGGUAUUUCAAGCUCACGGACAACGAACUUUUGUACUUCGAUCCAACCGACGGCCAUCUUAAGGGCGCUCUCAACCUGUCUGCGUGUGGCCAUGGCUCGUUGGAAAUCCAACCAGAGGACUGCACCAAGACUGGCACUUCUGCCUCGUCAGGUGUGUGGAGGUUCGCCCUCCGCACCCCCAGUCGAAGGCUCGUCCUAGCGGCCAAGACGGAGGAUGACAUGACAGCGUGGAUCCAGGCAUUACAGGUUGUGUUGGACGCCAACGAAGUCAAGUCCACACACAUUCAACAACGAAUGCCAAGCACAUUAUGAUACUAAUACAACCACAUGGAUUACUGUACACAGGUGAGGUGAUUCUCAACAUUUCAUUCCCACACACAAAAUCGGCCGUUCACCAGAAAUAAUGCGGUAUCCUAAGGAAGAGUACACUGUAAUGAAGAAG